CCAGACGGCCACACCAACUCUCCCCAAUCCAGCAGCCUCUCGCCCCCGCACCUCAUCAGGAGACACCACCACCGCAAGCGACGACGGCGCGAUGUUCCUGCGGCGGAUCCUGACCGGCGGUGGCGGGCUAGCGACGCUGCGUGCGGCGCGCACCGUGAAGGAGACGACGGGGAUCGUGGGCCUCGACGUGGUGCCCAACGCGCGGGAGGUGCUCAUCGGGCUCUACACGCGCACGCUCAAGGAGAUCGAGACCGUCCCCAAGGACGAGGGCUACCGCAAGGCCGUCGAGUCCUUCACCAAGCACCGCCUCCAGAUCUGCCGGGAGGAGGAGGACUGGAAGCGCAUCGAGGACCGAAUCGGAUGCGGGCAGGUCGAGGAGCUCAUCGAGGAAGCACAGGACGAGCUCAAGCUCAUCGACAAGAUGGUUGAAUGGGAUCCAUGGGGUGUUCCUGAUGACUAUGAAUGCGAGGUGAUUGAAGAUGAUACCCAGAUCCCUAAACACGUCCCGCAGCACCGUCCUGCUGCGCUUCCAGAGGAGUUCUUCAAGACACUAGAUGCUGUCAAAUCUGAUCCUGCGCUGCAGGGCGAUGCUCCUCCUCAAGUGAAAGCAUAAGGAUGUGAACUCUUCACGAUAUGUCAUUUCACCUUUUGCUCUGUUGUGGUAGAGACUAGUUUCAUGUGUCAGUUACCAGCAAUGUGCUUCUUCCAAGCUGAAUAAAUUUCUAGCGAGUACUAUCAAAGAAUGAGUUUUAACUCAGUGAUCCGGUACAGUAAAAUUUGUGCCUAUGAAUGCUUAAUACUGUGAACAUCGUUUCUUUUGAUACAAAUCUAUGUUGACGAAAGAUUGAAUGCUA